AUGCACCCCUCCCUCCGUCUGGCGAAUGUCCACAAGCCCAUGAUCCGCUUCCUGGGGAAGCGUCAGUGGCCCUCGCACCCCGAGCCUCAGCACGCGCACCCAUUUGCGCCGCCUGAGCUUCAGCAGAAGUUCUCGGAGUUCGUCAAGAAGUUCCAGGGCGGCAGCACCAGCAGCGCGUCCUCAUCUGCUGCGAAGAGCAAGAGCUCGGGCGGCCAGGUGUUCGAAGAGUUUUGGCAGGCCCCCGCGCGGUUCUGGAAGCGCGAGUUGCAGGAGUGGGAGGUCGAUCUCGUCCAGAGCGGAGGGGCGUCGCGGCACGGGUGA